CAACCGCCACCAACAAUAAACUACAAAGAAGAAGAAGAAGAAAUCCCCAACGCGUCGGACGCCAACUGUUUCCGGUGACAAAAAAACGUCUUGUGAUUCUUUCAGUGAAACAAACAAGAGGAUUGAACCGUCGUUAACCGGACGAAGAUACACAUGAGCCUGAGCUAGAACAACAGACUUCCCUCACAACUUAACACCACGUCCACCAUGACGGCUGCUGUGAGAGGCUUGGCCAGAGUGCCUGUUCGAGGGGCCGGUGAUGGCAUGGAAACUGAAAAACCGCAGGCCGUCUUGGAGGUUAAGACGGACACACUGCCUCCAGGUCCAGCUGCAGUCCCCCUCCUCAAAGUGGCAAGCCCCAAACACAGUCCUAAAUCCAGUCACCCUGCUCCCCCUGUUGCACCGCAGCCGCUUGGCGUGCUCCACCUUGGCAAGGUGAGCCGAGAGGCCUGCACAGAGGUGGAGGCAGUAAGGAUCAUGGUCCCUCGCUCUGCUAUUAUCCGGACUACCCGAACAGGACCAGCUGAGGGGAAAGGAGAGGCCGGGCAACAGAAUGAGGAGCAGGGCUCCCCGUCGCUGCCUCUGUUCGAGGACUGGAGAGUUCAGCUGGAGAAGCUGCAGAACUCUGAACGCAGGCUGCUGCAGGAUAAAGAGGGUCUCUCCAAUCAGCUCCGAGUGCAGACUGAGGUGAACCGCGAACUGAAGAAGCUGCUUGUGGCGUCAGUGGGUGAUGACCUUCAGUACCACUUUGAGCGGAUGUCUCGGGAGAAGAACCAGCUGAUCCUGGAGAACGAGGCUCUGGGUCGCUGUCUGUCGCACACUGCCGAGCAGCUGGAGCGGAUGAGUAUCCAGUGUGACGUUUGGAGGAGCAAGUUCCUGGCCAGCAGAGUCAUGGCCGAGGAGCUGACGAAUGCCAGAGCAGCUCUGCAGAGACAGACCAGAGAGGCACAAGGAGCCAUCCAGGACCUGCUGUUAGAGAGAGACGAGUUCUCUAGAGACAUGGUGCUCACUCACAGAUCCCUGGAGCAGCUGCUGGUGUCUCUGCAGUGGGGCAGACAGCAGACGUACUACCCAAGUGCACAGCCUCACAGCACAGGAGAGCUUGCUGUCGCCAAUUACAAGCUGGCAGAUGCCAUCAACUCCCACCUGCUGGGUAACACCAGCAGCAGCAGCAGUUUAGUGAAGAGCAGCAGCACACCAGCUGAGCAGCUCUGCAGCACACCAGCUGAGAAGAUGGCUGAGAAGGUGCUGAAGAUUUUAGAUCCAAUUUCCUGCUCAGACAACAAGACAGAUCCUCCGCUCAUCGACUCCCCCGCCUCAAACUUCCUCAGCAACAAGAAGAGCAUCGGCCGGUUUCACCCCUACACCCGCUACGAAAACAUUACCUUCAACUGCUGCGAGCGCUGCUCUGGAGACAUCCUGGUGCUGUGAGGUCAGAUAAUCUGACACGGUGAAGCAUCAAAGCGCAUUAUGAAUGACUGAUGACCGAGCAGUAGAGCAGCCUGGAGGAUAACGCUGCUUUAUUUAAUCUGACUUCUCAAGUGAACAUCAUGUUACCUGCACAAGAAGACUUUUUCAUGCAGCAGACCUGAUUAUUGCAUUUCUACAUUUUUGAAGAAUGGGUUUUAAAUUUUUUUGUCAAGCUGUUUUUUUUCUCAUGAACUUUGAAAAACAAAGGAGCGACCCGUUCAUGAAUUCUGAUGCGAAAGUGAUGAAAUGCAUUUCAGGGACACUACAGCCUGGUCGUAACCAUGUACGGUGCUAUUUAUUGCCUGGGUGUGGUCAGGGAGAGUUAAAGUUGCUGAGCUGACACUGUGAGUGUGUUUGCUUAUUCAAACUUGAAUAUUGGGAUAGGGUUCUCAAAGUUUACUGAAGCAAUCUUGUAGUAAAUAUGUGAAAACAGAACAAACAGGCCCGAAAGAGUAAAGUUGAAACCUGAGGCAAAAAAGAGAUAAGCUGUUUGCACAUGUGCACAAUGAGUGUAAAAUAAACACUAGAGACGACGCCUCCUCCUAAGCUGGAAUGACUCCAACAACUGUGUUUUAAAACAUUGUAUUAAUAUAUUUGGUUUAUCGCUGCACUGACAGAUUCAGAUCUGAUUUUCUUUUGGUGGUGCAAUGUUAUUAUAGAGCAACACUGUUCAAGGACAGCUCUGAUUAAUACACACACAUAUAUAAACUGUACAUGUCCUGUUAUUUACAAAAGAUUGAACUUUUUUGAUGUUGAAAGAAAAAUAAAACAUUUUUCGAACAUUUUUAAAAAAACAUUUAAAAUUGAGAUUUUUAAAAAUCUGAUUAUAGUCAUCCUGUGAUUUAAAAUUUUGAAAAUAUUUCCUUUUUUUUUUGCUCUUUCCUCUGAUUAAAUUAUAACUCACAUGCCUCUUUGCAUUUCUCUAAAAUCAAGCCGUAUAAUAUUUUGGUUUGUUUCAGCGGCAUGGAAAUGUUGUGACGAUGAUUUUUUUCAUGACAGACCAAAAUAAAGACCAAAACAGUUUCUGCCUUUUUAAAA